ACAAUGAAUGGCAACGCGGGCAGCGGCAGAUACUCGCGCCAAGUGACGAUGCGCAUCGAUGAGAUGCGACCCAAUGACGGCAGGAACAGAACGCAGAAACCGCAGACGCAGCAGACGCCGAAGAACCGAUCACAGUUGGGUAGUGACUUCAUAGCACCGGAUGGUGGUUGGGGUUGGGUGGUAGUGUUUGCCGCCGGUUUUUCCAACCUCUGUACGUUUCCGGUGCUGCAACAGUUUGGGUUGCUGUUCCGCGAGCGGAUGACCGAGCUGUCGAUUGGUGGGUCCGAGGUGACGACCAUCAUCAACACCCACUCGGCACUCACCUCGAUCGUCGGGCUGGCGAACGGGCCAAUGUUCCGGCGCUUCACCUACCGGCAGGUGGCAUUCGGUGGCGCUCUGCUCGUCGCCAUCGCCAUCAUGCUGACGGCCUGCAUGGACAGCUUCGCCGGCUACAUGGUGACGUUCGCCGUGCUAUACGGUGCCGGUGUCGGCAUCAAUGCGUCCGCCAAUUCGCUCGCCCUCAACACCUACUUCAAGCGGAAGCGACGCCUGGCAACCGGGUUCGCGUGGACGCUGACCGGCUUGGGACCGAUCAUUGCGCCCCACCUGAUCACGCUGAUGCAGCGGCAGCUCGGUCUGGCCGGCACAGUCCUCGUAUUCGGUGGGUUCGCCUGCCACGCCAUCGCCUGGGCCCUGCUCUACCAGCCCGUCCAGUGGCACGCGCGACGGUCGAACGCUAGUGCCGGUGGGGAGCCAAUCACUGCCGUUCCGGUGGACUAUGGAAGGGAGGAGGUGGUGCCCGUCACGCCUGCUCCGAGUGCUCGCUGUAGUUUCUGCCAGGCCGAGGGUGAAAUCGUGCCAAUGGUCCACGAUGGCGUAACCGGAGCAACGGAGCUGGUGGCGGCCUACGAUGCGAUGGUGAUGGACACGGGCACCCCGAUGCUUGCGUUGGCCAACGAUGGUUGGUAUUCGCGAAACUCGCUCCGCUCCCUGUACAGCUCACGGCACAGCCUCACCACACCGCGCUACCUGUCCCUGCGCCCAUCGAUGCUGAACCUAAGUGGUGGUGGUGGUGGUGGUGGUGGUGGUGCAGCAGGACCACCACCGGGACCGGUCGCAUUGGCCAAGGACUCGGCUGCCGGCAAGAUCGACGAGUGCCACACGGAGGACUGCCCGCAGGUACAGGCCGAACACGAGCCGCUCCGGCGGCCACAGCAAACAUGGGUGGCGUCUCCCACCCUGCAACCACCCUCAGCCAUUCCUCCGAACUUGGUGUUCGACACUUCGAAGGCGGUCGCCUUACCAGUUGCGCGAGAAGAUCCGAUACCCGAUGCGCCAGGCGGUCGGCGAACGAUCAGCUCUGGUGAGCGGGAGGUGCUAAAGCAGGCCUCCCGGCGUCUCGAGCAGCUCGUGGUCGAGCAGCACCACUCCCAGCGUCAGCAGCAACAGCAGCAUGGUGGGCGAGCCUGCACUUGCUGUUCGGCGGCACUGCCCCUGGCGGUGCCUCGAGUCCCCGGUGGCCUUCGCGGUACCGAGCCGCAGAUCGCGGCGAAUCCGGACUCGCUGACACCCCUGCAGCGGCUGGUCGUCUUUUUCGAUCUCGAUCUGCUGCGCGAUCGCGUGUACGUUAAUAUCAUGGUCGGCAUCACGAUCGCCAACUUUGCCGAGCUCAACUUCUCCAUCCUCACGCCGUUCGUGCUGGCUGAGUUCGGGUGCAACCGGCACCAGAUCGCGACCGCCAUGUCGCUGCUCGCCGCGACCGACAUCUGUUGCCGCUUCCUCGUUCCGUUCAUCGCGAACCGGCUCGACUGGCAGAACCGCACCUUCUUCCUGCUCGGCGUCUGCAACAUGGCGCUCGGACGGAUCGUGCUGGCCCACUUCCACAGCUACCCGGUGGUGCUGGCCGUCGCCUGUUGGAUUGGGUUUAACAAGGGCCUGCGGACGGUGUUCAUGGCGCUGGCCAUACCGUCGCACGUUCCGCUGGAUCGGCUACCUGGCGCUACCGGUAUUCACCUCGUGUUUGCCGGCAUCUUCUAUCUUCUCGCUGGUCCGCUGGUCGGGUUUGUGCGCGAUACCACCGACUACGCCACGACGCUGCACUUCCUCAAUCUCGCCACUUAUACGAUGGCCAUCAGCUGGUGUGUCGAGAUGUACUAUUUGACGCCGCGCAAACGGAAGGCAAACAGCAGCAGCUGAUUUAGGGUAUCACCCUGCAACUAGGCUUAAGACUUGUGGCGGAAGUCCUUCACAUCCUCGGUGCAAGUGCAGAGUUAUCGAUUACGAGCGUUAGUUCGAGCUGCCGCUGAAACGCACUUUA